UAAACCUGAUCAUCAUCUCUAGAGAGACAUCAUUUUUAAUUGUUACUUCAUUGAAGACAGUCAAGUUUGAAUUCUAAAUUAAAUAAACAUGAAAUUCAUUUUGGUUUUGUUCAGCAUCUUUGCUUUGAUUUUUGCUUCAGUACAAGCUGUUGACAAAUCAGCUUGCUCUCAACCCAAAGAAAUUGGUCCCUGCCGCAAAUCUGAUUUGCAGUUCUUCUACAAUGCCGAGACUAAGGCCUGUGAACAAUUCUUCUAUGGUGGUUGCCGCGGCAAUGACAACCGUUUCAACACCCAAGAAGAGUGCGAGCAAUUGUGCCUUUAAACAUAAUCUUUAUGUUGUGAUUUAAACUGAGUUUAUUUUUUAAGUUUUUUGUUGUUAUAAAUACAUACAUUUAGUUUUUUUUUAUUUUAAUUAUCAUUUUUUAAAUAUAUAUAUUUGUAUUAUUACGUAA